AUGGCCCGGUUUGGAGACGAGGUCCCGGGCUUGCUGAGCUCCGGGGAUGGAGGCUCCGAGCUGCACCGGAUCCGGGAUGGGGGGGGUCUCUCCACAGGGGGCAUCUCUCCCGCUUUUAAACAGACCAAAGCGCAGCGCGCCCGCACCAUGGCACUGUACAACCCAAUCCCGGUGCGCGAGAACUGCUUCACCGUCAACAGGUCGCUCUUCAUCUUCGGAGAGGACAACCUGGUGCGGAAGUACGCCAAGAAAAUCAUCGACUGGCCUCCGUUUGAGUACAUGAUCCUCACCACCAUCAUCGCUAACUGCAUCGUGCUGGCUCUGGAGCAGCAUCUUCCCGGAGAGGACAAGACCCCCAUGUCCAAGAGACUGGAGAAGACGGAGCCGUACUUCAUCGGGAUGUUCUGCUUCGAGGCCGGGAUCAAGAUCAUCGCACUGGGCUUCGCGUUUCAUAAAGGCUCCUACCUCAGGAACGGGUGGAACGUCAUGGACUUCAUCGUGGUCCUCAGUGGGAUCCUGGCUGCAGCGGGGGCCCACAUGAACAUCUCUGUGGACCUGAGGACUCUGAGGGCCGUGAGAGUGCUGAGACCCCUCAAACUGGUGUCAGGCAUCCCCAGUCUGCAGAUCGUCCUGAAGUCCAUAAUGAAGGCGAUGGUUCCUCUGCUGCAGAUCGGCCUGCUGCUCUUCUUUGCGAUCCUCAUGUUCGCCAUCAUCGGCCUGGAGUUCUACAGCGGCAAACUGCACUACACCUGCACGCCGCAGCACGGCAUUCUGGAAAACGAGACGGUGGACUCCUCGGAGUACGAGGUGCCGUGUGGCGUUCGUCGAUGUCCGGAUAAAUACUCCUGCAGCGACACGUGGAUCGGACCCAACGACGGCAUCACGCAGUUCGACAACAUCCUGUUUGCUGUGCUCACCGUCUUCCAGUGCAUCACCAUGGAGGGCUGGACCACUGUGCUGUACAACACCGACGAUGCCCUCGGCCCCAACUUUAACUGGAUAUACUUCAUCCCCCUCAUCAUCAUCGGAUCCUUCUUCGUCCUCAACCUGGUGCUGGGGGUCCUCUCUGGGGAGUUUGCUAAGGAGAGGGAACGGGUGGAGAACCGGCGGUCGUUCAUGAAGCUGAGACGGCAGCAGCAGAUCGAGAGAGAGCUGAACGGGUACCGGGCCUGGAUCGACCGAGCAGAGGAAGUGAUGCUGGCUGAGGAGAAUAAGAAUUCAGGACCUUCUGCCCUCGAUGCUCUCAGGAGCCUCCCUGAUUGGAGUACAGGCGGAGUCUAUGUGCUGAAGAGAGCCACCACCAUCAAAAGGAGGGGGAUGGAUGGCGGGCAUCGAGGGCAAACGGGGGAGGAACAAUACGGAGACGUCUCCUCUUUGGGCGUCCCGAUCAACAGAGCGAGUAUCCGGAGCGCUAAACGAGGUCCGACUGCGUUUUUCCGGCGUAAAGAGCGCCUGCUGCGAAUCUCCAUCCGCCGUGUGGUGAAGACUCAAACCUUCUACUGGACGGUGCUGGGUCUCGUGGCUCUGAACACUAUCUGUGUCGCCAUCGUUCAUCACAACCAGCCGCUGUGGCUCUCCACCUUCCUCUACUAUGCAGAGUUCCUGUUCCUCGCUCUGUUCCUCACGGAGAUGUUUCUGAAGAUGUACAGCUUGGGUCCUCGUCUUUACUUCCACUCGUCCUUCAACCGCUUCGACUGCAGUGUGAUCGUGGGCAGUAUCUUCGAGGUGCUGUGGGGUUUCUUCAGACCCGGCACCUCGUUUGGGAUCAGCGUCCUGAGAGCUCUCCGUCUGCUGAGGAUCUUCAAAAUCACAAAGUACUGGGCGUCUCUGAGAAACCUGGUGGUCUCUCUGAUGGCCUCCAUGAAGUCCAUCAUCUCCCUCAUCUUCCUCCUCUUCCUCUUCAUCCUCGUCUUCGCCCUGCUCGGCAUGCAGCUCUUCGGCGGCAGGUUCAUCUUCGAGGACUACACUCCGACCAACUUUGACACGUUUCCUGCCGCCAUCAUGACCGUCUUUCAGAUCCUCACUGGAGAGGACUGGAACGAGGUGAUGUAUAACGGGAUUCGCUCUCAGGGAGGAGUGAAGUCCGGCAUGUGGUCCUCCAUCUACUUCAUCGUGCUCACACUGUUUGGAAACUACACUCUGCUGAAUGUGUUCUUGGCCAUCGCUGUGGAUAACCUCGCCAACGCACAAGAACUCACCAAGGAUGAAGAGGAGGCGGAGGCGGCGUUUAAUCAGAAACACGCUCUGCAGAAAGCGAAGGAAGUCGGGCCACUGUCCUCCUUCAUGUCCUCAGAUGGUAGCAGGAGGAGGCGGCCCUACCUUUACAGGAAGCGAGCGAUCCACCGCAGCCGGCCCACCUACUCCUGCAGUCUGGAGGAGGGUCGUGGCCUCCCUCUCAACCCCUCUCACUGUUUCAUGUCCAGGAGGGAGCGGAGGAAGAGGAUGACCAUGUCGGUGUGGGAGCAGAGGACCAGCCAGCUGAGGAGACACCGACAGAUGUCCAGUCGAGAGAUUCUGUUCAACAGCCAAAACGAGGAAAAGGACGGAAACCCAAACUCCAACGCUGCCCCUACUGGACGUCCACAGUCACUGCAUCGAAAAACCGUGGAGAACACACUUUCCGGGAGUUUAAAAAAAGACCCUUUAGCAUCGCCGUCCAAAAACCCUGCUUCAAACUCCUCUGUGUCUCUGGAUAUGCCUUUGGAUGCCACUCUUUCUGGGGAAGAUCCUACAAAGAAUCCCCCUUCUGAAGCACCUAUUGCUAAACCUGAAUCUGAAGCUGAAUCUGUAGCUGAGAGCGCAAAACUCACCGUUAAUCCGACUCACAGCGAGCGCAGGAGUCCCAGAUUAAACGGCGAGCGACAACACAGAGCGGUGAAGAAGUUCAGACCUCCUGAAAACCUGGAUUUGUUGACCCCCGAAAUGGGAGGUCACGGAGGGGUCAGGGGUCGCAGGGGGAGGCAUCACGGAGAGAAUAAGAGUCAGGCGUCAUCACCCGGGAACGGAGGCCAAACGGGGAGUCGAUCGGCCAGCAGAGAGAGGAGGAAACAUCCGGAGAGAGUGGAGGAGAAGGAGGUGGAGACCAACAUGGAGGAAAAAGAAGGGUGCGAACCUGAGGAGAGCAGUCUGGUUGAAGGAGGACACACUGACCCACAGGAGAGUCAGAUCCACAUCGGAGACACGGAGGAAACUCCUCAGAAAUCAGAUCCAGAUCCUCCCGUCGUCCCAGAGAAAAACGAAGAAGAGACGGAGAAGGAGAAAUGUCCGCUCAGCUCCAGCGUGAUCAUCGAGGUUCCCAACGCUCAGUCCUGCCUGGAGCUCUCCACCAUCACAGUGAAGAGUAAGGACCCUGACUGUAAAUCAGAGAAGGAGGAUGAAGAGGAAUCGAAGCCGGCUGUGACUCCAGACAGCAUGUUCAUCUUCAAACCUGACAACCCGGUGCGUCGGGUCUGUCACUACGUGGUGAAUCUGCGUUACUUUGAGAUGUGCAUCCUGCUGGUGAUAGCAGCUAGCAGCAUAGCAUUAGCUGCUGAAGACCCUGUAGCCACCUCCUCCAACUGGAACAAGGUUCUGCGGUAUUUUGAUUACGUGUUCACGGGAGUCUUCACGUUUGAGAUGAUUAUAAAGAUGAUCGACCAGGGUCUUCUCCUCCACGACGGCUCGUACUUCAGAGACCUGUGGAACGUUCUGGACUUCAUCGUGGUGGUGGGAGCGCUGGUGGCCUUCGCCCUCUCCAAUGUGAUGGGAAAUAACAAAGGACGGGACAUAAAGACCAUCAAGUCUCUGAGAGUUCUGCGAGUCCUCCGACCGCUGAAGACCAUCAAGAGACUUCCCAAACUCAAGGCGGUGUUCGACUGCGUCGUGACGUCUCUGAAGAACGUCUUCAACAUCCUCAUCGUUUACAAACUGUUCAUGUUUAUCUUCGCUGUCAUCGCCGUGCAGCUUUUCAAGGGGAAGUUCUUCUUCUGCAGCGACAGCUCCAAGGACACGGAGAAGGACUGCCAGGGUUACUACAUAGACUAUGCGAAGGAUAAGAAGGAGGUGAAGAGGAGGGAGUGGAGACGUCAUGAGUUCCAUUAUGAUAAUGUGAUCUGGGCUCUCCUGACUCUCUUCACUGUGUCCACGGGGGAAGGCUGGCCGCAGGUCCUCCAGCACUCAGUGGACGUGACGGAGGAGGACAGAGGUCCGAGCCACGGCAACAGGAUGGAGAUGUCCAUUUUCUACGUCAUCUACUUCGUCGUCUUCCCUUUCUUCUUCGUCAACAUCUUCGUGGCGCUCAUCAUCAUCACUUUCCAGGAGCAGGGGGAUAAGAUGAUGGAGGAGUGCAGCCUGGAGAAGAAUGAGAGGGCGUGCAUAGACUUUGCCCUCAGUGCGAAGCCUCUGACCCGCUACAUGCCUCAGAACCGACACACCUUCCAGUACCGCCUCUGGCACUUCGUGGUGUCGCCCUCCUUCGAGUACACCGUGCUGGCCAUGAUCGCUCUGAACACCAUCGUACUGAUGAUGAAGUAUUACUCCGCCCCUCCAGCGUACGAGGCCGUUCUGAAGCACCUGAACACGGCGUUCACCGUCCUCUUCUCUGUGGAGUGCGUCCUCAAGAUCAUGGCCUUCGGUUUUCUGAACUACUUUCGAGACACGUGGAACAUCUUUGACUUCAUCACUGUUUUAGGAAGCAUCACAGAGAUCGUGGUGGACGUGCAGUUCGUGGACACGUUCAACAUGAGCUUCCUGAAGCUGUUUCGAGCGGCUCGUCUGAUCAAACUCCUGCGUCAGGGUUACACCAUCCGGAUCCUUCUGUGGACCUUCGUUCAGUCCUUCAAAGCUCUGCCGUACGUCUGCCUGCUCAUCGCCAUGUUGUUCUUCAUCUACGCCAUCAUCGGCAUGCAGGUGUUUGGGAACAUUAAGCUGAACGAGGAGACUCACAUCACGCAGCACAACAACUUCAAGUCUUUCUCUGGAGCUCUGAUGCUGCUGUUCAGGAGUGCCACGGGGGAGUCAUGGCAGGAGAUAAUGUUGUCGUGUCUCGGGGGACAGAAGUGUGAGACGGACACCUCGCUCCCCCUCGCAGUACCAACAUCCGACCAGGAGGGGGGCUGUGGUUCUGACUUCGCUUAUUUCUACUUCGUCUCCUUCAUCUUCUUCAGCUCCUUCCUGAUGCUGAAUCUGUUCGUGGCGGUGAUCAUGGAUAACUUUGAGUAUCUGACCAGAGACUCGUCCAUCCUCGGCCCUCAUCACCUGGACGAGUUUGUCCGGAUCUGGGGGGAGUACGACCGCGCCGCCAGUGGUCGUAUCCAUUACACUGACAUGUAUGAGAUGUUGACCAACAUGUCGCCCCCUCUAGGCCUGGGGAAGAAAUGCCCCUCCAAGUUGGCCUAUAAGAGGCUGGUCCUGAUGAACAUGCCUGUGGACGAGGACAUGUCGGUCCACUUCACCUCCACCCUGAUGGCCCUCAUCCGCACCGCGCUGGAGGUCAAGAUCGCCCGAGGAGGGGAGGACAGGAACCAGAUGGACCUGGACCUGCAGAAGGAGAUCGGGGUGAUCUGGCCUCACCUCUCUCAGAAGACUCUGGACGUCCUGGUUCCCAUUCACAAAGCCAGUGAUAUGACCAUCGGGAAGAUCUACGCUGCCAUGAUGAUUAUGGAUUACUACAAGCAGAGCAAAGCCAAGAAGCUCCGGCAGCAGCUGGAGGAACAGAAACACGCCCCCAUGUUCCAGAGAAUGGACGCCUCCUCUCUUCCUCAGGAGAUCCUAUGCAACGCUAAAUCUCUUUCAUUCCUCGGGCACAGCGCCGGAUCCGCUCUAACCAGAGGAGGUUUCGUGGCUCUCAGCCCCGUCCCUCCUCAGGAAAUGUUCCUGCAGCCGCUGUCUCGCUCCAGGGAGGAAAAGGCGGAGGAAGAGGAGGGAGAUUAUCGAUCUCCAUAUCACCAAUAUCACCGUCACCUACACACUCUGGUGCCGGAUGUGAUGGAGUAUAACCAGGUGAUGCAUCAUCAUCAUCAUCAUCAUCUUCACGACUCAGCUGUUAUUAAAUCCCCUCAGCGCUGCGCCUCCAUCAGAGCGUCCUCCAUGCCCCGGCUGGCUGUCGAUCUUCCGGCUGGGAUGUCUGCAGACAGUAAGCUGAUGAAGCGCUCCUUCUCCACCAUCGGGGAUCAGUGUGUGAACGGCCUCUGGCAGGAGCAGCACUCUCUGGAGAGAAUCAGUCCGGACGGCGAGUACCGACCACGACAGAGGAGCUACAGAGGUCCUAAAAACAACCCCAGAGAAACCAGCAGUCACGAGCGAGGGCGAUCUAAGGAGCGGCGCCACCUGCUGUCUCCGGACGUUUCCAGAUGUAACUCUGAAGAGCGAAGCAGAGACACUUCCUGUGAGAGGAGACACUCCAGAUCCCCGAGCGAAGGACGGACUCACACCUUACAGAGACAGGUGAACUCGUCUGUAAGCCCCGCCCACUCUGACUCCGGGACGCCUCGAAAUCGUCGCCAGCUUCCUCAGACUCCCUCUCGCCCUCGACCCUACAUCUCUUACUCUCCUCUGGUCUGCCAAACCUCCGCCGUCCCAGUUUUAGCAGAAUCUUCCUCCGUUGAUUCCCCGCCUCAGGAUGGAUCUGGAGCCUCCAAAUUGAAACCGGAGAAAGAAACCAGCCCCCUUCCUCCAGUUCAGGGGUCAUCUGGAGGUCAGGGGUCAUCUGGAGGUCAGGGGUCAUCUGGAAGUCAAAGCCACCCCUCGCCUCAACGCUACAUCUCAGAGCCCUUCUUGCCGUUUCACGAUGACGUCAUGGAGGGAGCUGACGGGGAGGAAACUCUCACUUUUGAGACGGCCGUGGCCACCAGUUUGGGACGAGCCAACGCCAUAAGCUCCGCCCCCCAACUCAGACACUCCUGGCAGGUUCCCAACGGACACAUCCGCACGAAGACUUUGGGCCAGGCGAGUUCUUCUGGAGCCAAUGAGCUGCUGAGCGACACGGACGAGGACGACCGCUGCUAAAAAAACAGAAGAGGAGGCGACUCGGAAAAAAUCUCCACGAGGCACAAGGACUUCUGAGAUCUGUGUUGUGUCUCAAAUUGCAUACUUCUGUAUUUACAUCUGCUGUUCUGAUUGCUUAAGUGCGUUCCAAUGACGACCGCUGCUAAAAAAAACUCCACGAGGCACAAGAGGAACGAGGAAGAGGAAGCGACUCCAUGAGGCACAAGGACCUCUGAGAUCUGUCCUGUGUCUCAAACUGCGUACUUCCUGCUGUUUUGAUUGCAUUUGAAGUGCGUUUAAAUGCAACGUUUUGGCGAAAUGACUGCCUGGAUGGUGCUUUCAUAACGGUCCAAAAGUUAAGUGUUGAACGCUGGACACUUCUCACACUCAAUGGCCGCCGUGUUGUAGCUGAAGUGAAGCGAACAAACAUACAACACUAUAAAUAUACAAGUUAUUCAUGUGGGGGUUUUGUUUAGUAUUUAAGAAACACACCAUUAAGCUUCUGA